GGUGAAAUUAUUUCCGCCCUCACUGAUACUGGACUUCUCAACACAACCUAUGUGCUGUACACGUCUGACCACGGGGAACUUGCUAUGGAACACAGACAGUUUUAUAAGAUGAGUAUGUAUGAAGGCAGCACACACAUCCCGCUUCUGAUGAUGGGUCCCAAUAUAAAACCUGGAACAUCCAUAUCAAAUAUAGUCUCCCUGGUGGAUCUUUACCCCACUAUGCUUGAAAUUGCAGGUUUGCCUGUUCCUCGAAACAUAAGUGGUUACUCCCUGAUGCCAUUAUUAUCGGCAACAUCACAGAAUGAGAUUUUGUCUGAUUUGCAUCCUAACUGGGCACUGAGUCAGUUUCAUGGAUCUGAUGCAAAUGCUUCAACCUACAUGCUCCGAGAUAAUUCCUGGAAAUACAUUGCAUACUCAGAUGGUGAUUCAGUCUCUCCCCAGCUGUUUGAUUUAUCAGCUGAUCCAGAUGAGCUUAGAAAUGUG